AUUUCCAUUCAUACAUUCGUCUUUCUAAAACGUGACAUCACUUGUUCCCAAUACUUUGAACAAUGGUGCCUCCAGAAGAAAUCGUUUCUGCUGGUAAUCCUGACAUUGAAGGUGAGAAUAUCCUUCAUUAUCUCUGCCGUGAAGGCGAUAUUACUGAUUUGAUGGCGUUCAACAAUGUUAUCAGUGAUGCCAAUCGACAUCUGGUGCGGCAAUACAACCGACAUGGAAAACAGUGUGUCCACAUUGUCUCCAACCCAGGCAUUGCUGACCCUCGAGAAAAGCUGAAACUUCUGAUGGAGUGGGGUGCUGACAUCAAUGGCCAAGAGCGAGUCUUCGGUAAUACACCACUGCAUAUUGCGACUUAUACACAAGACCAUAAGCUUGCAACCUGGCUGUGCAAUCAACCCGGAAUAAACAUGGGACUUUACAAUUAUUUAUUCAAGACGCCGUACUAUGUCGCGUGCGAGCGUAAUGAUAUAAAGAUGAUAAAUAUAUUACGUGCAAAAGGAGCAAGAGGUGGAGUCUACAGGUGCAGAGAUUUUUGGUUAUUUACCAAAAAAUACUAAGCGCGGUAUGUUUUCCAAAAAUCAAUAUAUUCUUAUCAGCUGUUGGCUAGGUUUUUUGUAGAUUAACUUUGUAAUCAGUGUUCAAAGUACAUUAAGCUGUUUACUUCAUAUACUUUGCUGUAUGACGCGAUGGAAAGUAGUAAAUUAGGUGUUUAAUCUUGUCAUCUACGUUUUCUUUGUUUUUAUGCAUUUUCAUAGAGGAUUGUCAAGCCUUGGGUAAAAUAAAUGUAGCUUUUACUAUAGGUUAAUAAUAGUUUCUUAAAUUGUCAAAGUUAUGCUUAAGGACUUCUUUUCAAUAUAAAAUAGAAACUACAGAUUCUUGUUAUAAAUAUUUUAUUUUCAGAAAUCUUUCAUGUUAAAAGUACAUAGAUUUUGAUAGUUAUUGAACCUUACACUUAAGACAAUGUGGGUAAGAAAAAUUGUGACCGAAAUAGUUGUUCAGGUAAUUAAACUUAAUGAUAAUUAAUGGCUGUUUCAUUUCAAAUAGUAUUGCGACGUAAAAGUAUCUUUUGCCCAUCUCUCCGAAUAGUUUCUUCACUUCCCCAUGAAACUUUAGGUUUUAUGAUUUUUAAACUCGGUGGUCUCCUAGGUAUCCUAUGACAAAAUUCCUUAAAUUGGUAUGUUUAUGUAAUGCGUUCACAGAGUGAUGUACACUUGUAAAAUUUCCAGAGAAAAGGUCAGUAAACUCAUAUUGGGACUGGAAAUUAGAUGAUUUGGAAAUGAAAGCGUACUUUAACUAACCUGCCUUCCCCACAGCAGGCACAAAAUGCAUUACUUCUUUUGCGAAUAUCAUCCAUUUUAAAAACUCAGGAAAACAAUCGAUAUUAAAGAACUUUUAGUAAACUUGAAUUCAACAGUUUACUACACUCACUUUUUGGACUGUAGUUAGUUCAACACUGAAACAGGACUAAUGAACAAGGAGGAAAACAGUACACAGUUUUUAACCUUAGGCAAUUUAUUUAAUUAAACCAUGAUCUGCCCGAUAUUUUGUUAUCUAUGAGUUUGGUUUUCCUCAAGUAGGUAAUUAUUUAUCCGUGAUGACGCAAUCGUGUGGUCGCAGACCGGAUCUGUUUCGAUUGCUUAAACUCAGAUAACUUUACAAAAUGCAACGUUCAUCAAAACUCUCCAACCUAAAUUGGCGCUUUACAAAUAACAGGUUCGUCCCUUUGUUAAAUGAUUAUGAUACCAGAACAGAAGAUAAAUAACUUUUACGUUUAAAAGCUUAAGCUAUUUGCGCUGUUCGUCAUUUAUGUUCAAUAUUCAAAAAGCUAUUAAACUUUACA